UUGAUUUCCCUUUAUUUAAACUAAAUGCUCAUUUUGAAACUUGAGGGACUUAACUGCUCCUUUUAGCAAAGUUAAGGGACCUUCAGACCUAUUUACUCGACGCCACGUCACCACGAACUACCUUCCUUUCUUCUUAAGUCUUCCCUUUCCCUCUCCUGGACAUUGUCUUUCCUAAAUCUCUGCAUAAAAUCACCGAUCAAAAAUUGAUGUCAAAAUCUGCCUAAAUUUUAGCAAAAAAAAUUUCGAAUCAGUCUUAAUUUUUCGGGUGAAAAAAAUGGUGGAAAGGGGUCCAAGGGGAAAGGGAAUGGGAAUGAUAAAAUGGUUUCUGGGAAUGGGAUACUGGGUACAAGGAUUCCGGUGUUUUCCAUGGUUAGGUGUUGCUUUCUUCCUUAAAGAUGGCCUUCAAAUUGACCCUUCUACCCUUCAGAUUCUUCUCCAUUCUUCUAAUAUCCCCAUGGUUGGUAAACCCCUUUACGGUGUCGUUUCUGAUUCUGUCUAUUUCUAUGGCCAACAUCGUCUUCCUUACAUUUCCCUCGGUGCAAUUCUGCAGAUUCUUGCAUGGUUAGCAGUGGCAAUAUAUUAUUCAUCAAGCAUCUCAAUCAUCACCAUUACUUUCUAUCUUCUUCUGAGCAACUUAGGUGCAUCUAUAGCUGAGGUUGCUAAUGAUGCUAUGGUGGCCGAGAUUAGCAAACAGCAGACUCAUUUAAAGAAAGAGCAAUCAUCUUCCUCAGGGGAGCUUCAGUCAUUUGUUUGGAUGGCUACUUCAGUUGGGGGAGUACUUGGGAAUUUAGUUGGAGGGGUUGCCAUUGUAAAGUUCAGCCCUCAAUUUAUGUUCCUAACUUAUGGUGUAAUCCUAAUUAUCCAGCUCUUGAUAACUAUCACGGUCAAAGAGAGAUCUCUUAACCUUCCCAAAAAACAAUCUGGUGGUGGCAUAAAAGAACAACUCGCUCAGCUUGCAAGUGCGUUGUGCAAGCCUGAGAUUGCUUACUCGAUUGGUUGGAUUGUGGUCUCUUAUGCUAUGAUUCCUGUACUUACUGGAACAAUGUUCUAUUAUCAAACUGAGGCAUUGAAUAUGGAUUCAUCAGUGUUGGGAAUUUCAAAGGUGUUUGGGCAAGUGGGAAUGCUUUUGUGGAGUUUUGUUUACAACAAGAGCUUGAAAUCAACCUCCCCAAGGAAAGUGAUUUGUGGAAUUCAGGCCACAGUGGCUGUUUUCAUGGUUUCUGAUGCGUUGUUUGUCAACAAAUUUUACCAACAGAUGGGGCUCCCAGAUUCCGUGUAUGUUGUAGUAUUUUCCGGUCUACUGGAGGUUCUAUUUUUCUUCAAGAUUCUACCCUUUAGUGUUUUGAUUGCACAGCUCUGUCCACCUGGAUGUGAAGGUUCUCUGAUGGCAUUUGUAAUGUCUGCCAUUGCCCUUGCAAUGAUUGUUGGUGGCUAUUUUGGUGUUGUACUUGCAUCAUAUGUUGGAGUUACAGGAACAAAUUUCUCUGGGCUUCCGGUUGGUCUUUUAAUACAAGCGGCAUUCACAAUCACUCCCCUCCUUUUAUCAUCCUGGAUACCUGAUCAUAUAAAGGCUGACAUUGUAAAGAAAAAGGAAUAGUACAUUUUUCUUUGAAAUAUGACUUUCGAGCAACUGAGUAAAGGUGUUGGGAUUGAGAUUUGAGAAUAGAACAUCAGUGAGUGACGAAUAAAGUUGUCAUGACGGGAAGCCUUAUAAAUGACUCCCAACAUAUUGCUGGUUUUGGAAAAAUGUUUGGUUGACCCUAAGGGUUGGCAACGGACAAUGAUAGAGUGAUUUAAGGGUUGGUAACCCUUUUAUUAUUGAACUAGCUUUUGAGCCCGUUCAGAGAACGGCCGGUUGUAUAUUGGUUGUUCGAAUGUCUUUUGAAAUUUUAAUUAGUUUGUACUUGUUAAUUAAAUAGAGGUGUAAUUUAAAAGUUGGAAAAAAAUAUAAUAUUGGAUGUUAAAGUGGGGGAGUGGAAGAGA